UGGGUGCUCGUUUGCCUCAGGCUUACUUCGCCAACCUGGAGCUGAGCAGGUUGUUCCGGAACUAAGGUGGUUGCCGGGGAGGUCGCACGGGCGGGAUUCCCAGUGUUGUGAUGGGUCGCCAGCCACUGGUUGCCUUUCCGGGCCGCAGGCAGGACACCGGAAGGAGCUCCCGAGCCCCCGUGACCCUGAAGCGGAAGUGCAGGCCGAACAUCGGCGAGAGGGAUCGCGGCCUCCUUAACUAAUCUCUAAUCUCAGACCUGCGGUACGUGUGUUGGCGCGAACACUUCUUCCCAGAGGUCUCGAAUGUUCCCCGGCCGGGAAGGCGGAGGAGUCAGCGGAGGCUGAAAUAAAAUCCUCCUGCGGUUCUAGCCGUUGUCGUUUUAUUUUUCUGACCCAGGGCUCUUCCUCAAGGGUCGGGACCCAGAAAAAGAAACUGUCUAGCCAAUGAGACCAUGCUUGAUGGUGCUUCCAGACACCAUGUCAACACUGUGCCCUCAGUUGCUGGUGGCAGCUGCUCAGCAGACCUUGGGCAUGGGAAAGAGAAAGGGUUUACCUCGAUCUACCUGUCUCCAUCUAGCUGGAGAGGUACUGGCUGUGGUCCAGGGGUUGAAGCCUGCUGUACUUUAUGAUUGCAACUCUGCAGGAGUAUUGGUGCUUCAGAGCUAUUUGGAGAAGCUGCAGGAACUGGGCUUCCUGGCCUCAGGACUUCACAUUCUUGACAUUGGAGAGAACAGCCUAAUUGUGGAUCCUAAGCAAGCAUGUCAGCAUUUGGAGCAGGUGCUCCUUGGGACCAUAGCCUUCGUGGAUGUUUCCAGUUCCCAGCCUCACCCUUCUAUCUGUUCCUUGGACCAGCUUCAGAAUGUGAAGGCUCUUGUGACCGAAAUAAUCACACAUCUGCAGGGGCUGCAGAAAACCCCAUCCUUAGCAGCCUCCCACAGCAGGCUCCAUUCCUCACAGUGGAAUCUCUGUACUGUAUUUGGCAUCCUCUUGGGCUACCCUGUCUCUUAUACUUUUCAUGUGAACCAAGUUGAUGACAACUGUUUAGCCCUGACUCCAUUACGAGUAUUCACUGCCCGGAUGUCAUGGCUGCGAGAUCAACCCCCAAUCCUGCUCUAUUCCUUUAGUAUCCCGGAGAGAUUGUUCCCAGCUUUGAGUGAUAUUCUAAAUACCUGGGAGAAGGAUCUCAGAACUCGAUUUAGGACUCAGGAUGACUUUGCUGAUCUUAGAAUCUCUUCUGAGAUAAUCACACUGCCAGCUGUGGCCCUCUGACUUUAAUUCUCCUUCCAUGUAGAAGGUAUUUAGUCAACAAUCACCUCUGGUUUAUCAGUGUCAAAUAGGACUAAAAAGUGCCAGUUUUAAGCGUUUUGAGAACACAAAAGGAGACUGCUGUAAUCAAUUGGUCAUGUAUAGGAAUGGGUGGUGGUGAUGACAGUAUUGGUAGUACAUGUUUGUGAUUUCUUCACAAGGACAUCUUAGCAGAGGUCUCUAGUUUUUACUGGAUAAGAAGUAGAAAGAAAUCAUGGGGAAAGGAAGGGUUGUGGAUGACAUACUCUUGUGCAGUAGCCUGUUCAAUAUGGUAGUCUUAGAAUGGAGAAGGAGUAUGGAUGUUUCUGCCUAUUUAUUUCUAAGGAGAGUAGACCGGGAUACCUAAGUGUCAUGUUUGUAAAACAUUCAGGAAUAAACUGAAAAUUCCAAGAACAAUUUGGUAAAGUGACAUUUAUUUAUAAUAGAUUGAAAAAUACGUGGGUGCUUCCUGUGAUCCUAGCUACUCACAUGCUGAGAGAUGAGGAUUGUGGUUUGAAGUCAACCUGGGCAGGCACUC